UUUGGCGUGAUCACUCAUUGCAUCUUGAAAGACGUUUAGUUCAUUUCGUGAUGUAAAAUUUUGUGUAAAAAGUGUACAAUUAAUUUACUUCAAUUUCAUUCAAGGAAAAAAAUUGGAUCUGCACAAGCCUUAAAAUAUUGUAAUAUUUAUAAAAUAAAAUAUGAAGAAAAAAUUCAAUAAAAUUAAAAAAAAAAAUUAAAUUGGCUGACUAGAAAAAUGGAAAUUGAAAAGCUCGACGAAAACUGAAAAGUGUCAAAAAUUAUUGUCAUGGCUGUUUCAAAAUUUUAGCGCUAUUUUUCGGUGAUAAAUUUUUUAAAUAAAAUAAUUAUUGAAUUCAAAUUUUUUGUAUAUGUUUUAAAUAUAAUGUAAAACAGUUUCGUCGGAACUAUCACUCGAAAUUAUUGGUUACAACGCCCGAAAUAAAUAACUAAAAAAUGUCUGAAGGAAAUAAGGAUAACACGAAGGGAGAUGAAAAAGACAAAAGGGUAAAAAUCCAGGUGGAAGGAGAAGAUGAACUCGGAGGGGAAGGAGAGACAGGAAGAAGGAAAAUGAAAAGGUUCCAGUUACCAAACCUACCGCGAUGGUGGCAAGCGAAAAUCAUACAAUAUGCCUUUGCACACCCGCAUGUCCGCGCUCGGCUGGAGAAGCAUAUGGGCUCGAACCUGGUCCGGCUGACGGACAAGAGCUAUAUGACCGAGCUGGAGGAAAGGAUCCGCGUCGUGAAUGAAGAAAACCUCAAUAAGAGGAUCUCUUCUAGAGUUCUAGACGAGAUGGAAAGAUUAAAACGAUUAAUCCUCGUUGGGAAGACACCGCUGAAAGAAUGCCCACCCGAGCUUUACCAUCACCCCGUGUUCGUGUUCUGGAGGAUGGUGAACAGAGAAGUAGCGAGAGCGACUAAGAAACGUGCAGAUGCUUAUUACAGAAAAUUAAAAGCGUCCCAAAAAAUUGACCAAGGAAUAGACGAGGAAGCGGAAGCCGAAGCAGUGAGCGAAGAAGGUCAGCAGUUGACCCCAGAACAGCUCCUUGCUAGGUGCGUCGCGGAACUGGAGGAAAUCAAGCAGGCGGACAUCGAGAAGGGCGUCCGUUUUAGCGACGAUCAGUUCGCCGUCCUCAAAUACGAAGCAAAUGAAAUUAAAAUACUGAAGAACCUUACUACUGUGGAAGAACUCUACGCAUUGGCCGAUAAAAUUAUUGGAACAAAACGUAUAUAAAUCUAUUUAUUAAGUAUAAAUAAGUGAUAUAAUGACAAUUUUUUUAUUGUUUUUUAUAAAUUUAAUUGAAAAAUAUACUGUUAUAAUGUAUUAGGUGCGUUAAUAAAUCUGUUUUGACGUUAGAUGUACUUACUAGAAUAUUAAGCCAAAACAUGCAUAAAUAGUGUUGUUAAGCAGUAACGUGAUUUCAUUAAACACUUAAAAAUAUAACUAUAUUUCCAUUUUAUUGUACCCACCUUUUUAUUAAUAAUUGUUUUUUAGGUCAUAUUCUCACCGGCGCGGCGAUUUGCUCUCUGCCAAAAUAGUCUUUAGUGCAAUAUGCAUCUAAUACUUAGUAAGUUUAUAUUAUGUUGGGUUUCUUGCGAUAGUUUCUUUCAGGAUUAAGAUUUCGAUGAAAUCAACAUAUAUUUUAGUAACUUAAAAAAAAACGAGUCGCUUCGCCUGAGUUCUGUGCCAAUAUAUCUCGAACCUAAGUGUUCCGCCCUUGGCGUAGAGAUCAGAUUACGUAAGUAUCACGUAUGCGUUUUUUUUACAGCAGAUUGAUUUUUACGUCACAACUUGUAUUUAUGCUAAUAUUCAGUAGUUUUAGAGAACAACUUUUUCAUUUAUUUGUACGAAUAUGUUUAGAUUGAAAUAAAGUUACAAGUAUUGUUGUACUAUAAUCAGAUUUAUUACAACAGUAAAAUAAACAUAAACAAGCUUAAUUCGUGAUACAUUGCAAUUUGUUAUAGCAUAAUAUUAAACUAUUAUCUUGACUAGAUAUUCAGAUUCUAAUUGUUAAUUUUGUUUUACAUGUAUUAUAUGGUAAGUCCUAUUUGUUUUACAGAACUUGACGUCGUGGGACAGAAUGAGUCAAUUUUUUUGUUAAUCUGUUCCAAAUUGAACAAUUAAGAUUUUUCUUUCUUUGAUUCUUCUAUGGAACAAAAUAAACAAACUUUUCAUUUUUCGUGUAAAAUGUCAUUUCAAAGAAGAAUUUAAAGGAAACUCUUCUCCAGAAGGGUCGCAAAUUGAUUGAGGUAAAAGAAGGCUUUGUGAAUUUUCAAUCACAUCUUGACAGUGUACUCAUGCUACCUCACUGCAGGGCUGUGUUUUGUUUUAUGUAAAAGAACAUCAAAUUCUAGGAAACAGAACAAUUUAAAAAAAAACUGGUUCCCAUUUGUUCUAUGACGUCAAAGAAAAGCAAGUUUCAGACGCAAUGCUGUACGGUAUUUCUAUGGAACAAAUUAGGAUAACAUUAGGUAUCUCAUUUUGUCCGAUGGCAUCAUAGUUCUAACAAAUGGGACUUACCCAUUAUUAUUUUAUGUAUACAUAUAAAACGGUACCGUAACUGACUAACAGACAAUGCACAGCCUAAACCAGUAGACCUAGAAAUUUGAAAUUUGGGGGAAAAGAAUUUUUUUUAGUAUCCUAGGGGUCUAGAUAAAGUCGCGGGAUUAAGUUAAGUUUCUUAUAAAGACGUAGCUUUAAUCUACUAAUAACCGUACAAUGCAAUAUUAAGCUUGAUCGAUAGGUAGUUACAUCGCCCUUAGUAUAAGGGAAUUCGUUAUUGUUCACACGAGACAAAAACACCUUCGCAUUUAAACAAUACAUAACUGAAAUACAUAAGAAACGAACUUUCAGUCACAUUUCUAUAGCUGUCUCAUAUAUGAAACUUGCUACACUUCGGAAUAAGUUGUAGCGUGCAGAUAAUAAGUAUAAGUUAUUACGAAUACAUAUUACCCACUACACUCUAUACGUCUACCUAAUAAUUAUUCUCAAAAAAUAUAACAUACGUAAUUAUUAUUACUUAUUACUAGUGGUAUAUCCACAUGAUCCAUAAUCAACUACUUUGUUCUAACCCCCCGUCCACACAUUGCUCUUCUCGCGCAAUUAAUCGCGACGCCGCGCCGCCGCACUAAGUCGCUUGCCUUUGCAACGCGAUGGACGUUGAAAUGGUGGCAGCGUGCGCUCUAUUGCAUACUUACCGACAAAAUAGGGAGCGAUGGGCAUGAACGAGGAACAUGCGAGUAACGCGGCCACACUACGUCUCUGCCUCCGUCCCUCCCUCCUUCCCAUGCCACACGGGCGGUGUGUGGACAGGGGGGUUAGAACAAAGGAACCACACCAA